AUGUCAUCCGAGGCAUCUCCAGAACCAGACUUCCCCUACAUGGACGACCACGAAAGUGAGCAUGAUAAAGAUGAGAACAUGACUAAAAACGCGGGCGACUCUUUAAUUCCGAACCCAGAUUGGAGAAGUUGCGAAAACGUUGGCCGACUGAAGCGCGUCCUCAUCAAGGAGCAAGCAAAUCGGAAGGCUCACUCUGCAAUGGUCAAUCUCAGAAAGACUCUUCAUGAGCACGUUCUGCAAAACCCCUCCUGCCAAUCUCGAAUUGAAAAGAUUGAUCUGAUUUUGAACCGCAAGAAAGAACACCAGAUCCUUGUUGGAUUCCUUGGCGCGACUGGAGUCGGGAAAUCAACUUUGAUCAACGCUCUUGUUGGCUAUGAAAAUCUUAUCCCAACAAAUUCAUACCGUGCUUGCACUGCUGUCGUGGUUGAACUGUCUCACAACAAGAGCAAUGAUCCAGCUGAAUUAUUCAGGGCCGAGGUUGAACAACAUGCUGUUGGAGAUGAAGAUGAUGGGGCCGAGGAGGAAAAUCGUGAUCUCAUCCAACAGACAUUCGACAAGGUCAAGGUUGUCUACCCUCGUAUCAGAUCCCUAGAGUCUCUACGGUCCAACUAUUCGGUCGAGAAACUUUUAAACGACCCUGAUGUUCGACAUAUUCUUGGCUCCAAGCAAGCGAUCAAGUCUCCUACGAAGACCAAAUUGGCCGAAGAAAUCAAGAAUCACAUCGACAGCGGCAAUGGGGGAGACGACGCAUCUAACUACUGGCCUUUGGUCAAGUUUGUCAAGGUUUUCGCCAAGUCGGAAUUUUUGAUGCAUGGCAUUACAUUGGUUGAUUUGCCAGGUAACAUGGACAACAAUGCUGCGAGAUCAGCCAUUGCAGCACAGUAUCAGAGCCGACUAAGUGUUACGUGCGUCCUAGCUGAAUGCAAGAGAGCGAUGAGCGACAGGAACGCCCAUGAUCUCCUCGCCAAAGUCACUAAGUGUGACCUUCAGCUCGAUGGCCUUUACAAUUCCGAGUCCCUCUGCUUCGUAGUGACGCAGAAUGAUCAGAAGUUUGACGUUGACCAUUACAUGAAAGAAUAUCCAGAGUUAAAGAAGAAAUGCGCCGAUGAAUCUGAGAACUGGAAGACUUUCAACAGCAGAUUCAAUGAAGUUUCGAAAGAGGAAAAAGCAGCUGUCGUGCGCGAAAACGCAAACAAGACAGAAGCAAAGGCACUUAUAGCGAGAAUAAAAAGAAUCCGACAGAUCCUUGGAUUGCCCCCGAAAGGUUAUUCAACAUCGUCACAGAAUCGCAAGCGAGCUGCUGGGGAGACAAACGAUGUCUCGAAUUCUUCAAUUGCAACAGACGAACAGCUCACUCUUCGUCACGAGCUAUCUCAAAAGGAGAAAGAGCUCUCGGAGGUGCAGGCUAAGAUUGAGAAAGGCACGAAGAACCUGCUGUCAAUUUCUAGGCGUCUAGCUGGAAUUGAAAAUUCAACCUUUCAUGUCAGAUCCCGUAUUAGGGCAGCUUGCAUCAAGAACCGAAAUGAUGUCGCCACUGCGGCCAUACAAAAAGACUAUCAAGCUACUCUUCGGCAAAUAGAGAAAGAAUCCACAGGACCAUUGAAAGUCUUCUGUGUCGCCUCCAAGAUAUACCUUGCAUAUAAAAAGAGCAAGGAUCCUAACAAAAAGUACUCGGGAUUUCCGAACAUCGGGGAAACCCAGAUCGGAGCAUUGAGAGAUUGGCUCGUUGGAACUACGUUUGAUACGCGGGAUAAGUAUGCACAGGCUUUUCUCGAGGAUGUAGAGACCUUUCUGGAUUCUGUUGGUCCUUGGCUUAAAGACAAGUAUAGCGAUCUGAAGAUGACAGCUGAAUUGAGGGAGCUUUGGGAACAUCAGAUGGACGAGCAGCUCCAAGAACUCGAACAGAAGUUCUCUGAAUUGUCUCUAAAUAUUGGAAAUUCCAUGAAAGAAGUGGUCAAGUCAAAGAUCUACUCUGCAGUUCCUGAAGCUGAGAAGUCUGCUGCCGGUCGGGCCCUAAAUACUGUCGGAACCUGGGGUGGUCAGUUACAUUGGAGCACCCACAAGGCUGUUAACAGGGAGCGCGGCGAAUGGACGGAUUCAAAGCAACGGACGCAUACGUGGAAUAAAGACUUGGUUCGCAAUUUCACAACGCCUCUGCUCCCACAAUGGCACAAAACUUUUUUCGAAGAGUUUCCUAUCAAGAAAGAAUUAUACGUCAUGGGCGCUGACCGGUUCAUUGCCAGCUUCGCCGAGAGCUCAGCUGACAGAAACAUGUGCCCCGAUGUCUCAGAUGGUCUUGAUGUUCUCGAGGACCACAUUCUCCGAACCCAAAACUUGUUGAGGGCUCAAUUGGACCAACGUUUUCAAGAAAUCGAGAAAGUUGUCAAAAAGUCGCACAGGUAUGCUGCUCCUGCUGUCAAAGACUUCUUGGAACCAAUGUACGCCCAGUGUGCAGGAGAAGGAGGCAAAGGGCAUUUUCAGCGUAACCAGACAACCCAUAGAACAUCUAUGAUUCAGGAUGGUAUAUUGAUGUAUCGUGAAGGGUUCAAUGCCGUCAAGGCUGCUCUUGACGAGAUGCUUGACGGGCUCCCUGCAUCGUUCGCUGUUGACUACAAUGUAGCCUUGACUCAGAUCCGUGAAGAGGUUAAUCUUUUCUUUGAGCAGAACAGUGCGAAUGGCUCACGCACCUCUUCCAGGAAGGUUGUAUCACUUACCAAGACCCGCCUCCAUGAUGAAUUCAUGGCGCACGUCCAUAGACUUGCCGCCGACUGGAUUUCCGAGGUUGCUGCUAGCUACCAACCUGAGGAUGACUCGGAUGAUGAUAUGGGCUACGACGAUGGCGACUUCUUCGACACGUCGAGGAACGACGGUCAAGAUGAGGACUAUGAGGAUAUUGACGAAGAAGACGACGAGCCAUGA